AUGGGCUUUCAAAGGCUGCUCCUUUUCGUGGCGGCCGUGUAUGCAGGGGCGCAUAACGCCAAUGUUGUCAACGUGACCUCGACGGUGUGUCGUCACCCAUGCCAGGAACUGGUGCAGCUGCACGCAGACAUCCGCGACAUGAGACUGGUCACCGGAAAUCUUCUCGAAGAACUGGACAGAGUGGUCAGAGAAAAUGAAGAGAUGCGCCUAACUUUGGCCGGACUCGGUGGCAUGAGCAUAGACGGGAACGAGAUUUCGUGCGUGCAGGAUGGACGGGUGUAUUCGCAUGGCGAAGACUGGGACAUGGACAGCUGCACUUCCUGUACCUGCCAGUACGGCCAGGUGCUGUGUCAUCAGGCGUCGUGUUCUCCCGUGUCCUGCAUUAAUCCGUCCUUUACAGAGGGGGAGUGCUGCCCUGUCUGUCUUGACCAAGAAGACGGCUGGUCCCGGUGGUCUGAGUGGACUGAAUGCUCAUCUACCUGCGGUCCUGGCGCCGCCCGCCGUGGCCGCUCGUGCAACGCUGCGUCCUGUCCCGGGCCGUCGCUUCAAACCCGCGGCUGCACGCUGAGAAAGUGCGAAAGCGACUCACGUGCCAACGGGAGCUGGAGUCUUUGGUCGCCUUGGUCACCAUGCACGACCACGUGCGGAAUCGGUAACAUCACACGUAUCCGACUCUGUGAUCGUCAACCAGCAAGAAAGGGAGGUUGCACAGGCACCGACGUGGAGACAAAACCUUGCAACAAUACACCCUGCCCAGUACCAGGAGGCUGGACCUCAUGGUCUGAGUGGGGCCUAUGCUCAAAGUCAUGCGGGGGUGGCCUUUUGAGUCGCGAGAGGAAGUGUUUGAACCCUUCACCGCAAUUUGGCGGGAGCUUUUGUGGUGGAGAGGCUAUGGACUACGAAACCUGCAAUAAACAACCUUGUCCUUUAGACCCAUGUCUCCUGUCAUCACCGUGCUUUCCAGGGGUGCAAUGCACAUCCAGUAGUGACGGCUCCUGGCAAUGCGGCCAGUGUCCUUUGGGUUCCCACGGCAAUGGCACUCACUGUGAAGACGACAAUGAGUGCGAAGUGAAGGGAGUGUGUGUUACAGGGUGUGUGAACACAGACCCCGGUUUCCAUUGUCUACCCUGUCCUCCUCGAUACAAAGGCACCCAGCUCUUUGGUCUCGGCCUAAAAGAAGCCCAAACAAAUCAGCAGGUGUGUACACCAUACAAUCCGUGCAAAGACAAGACGCACGCCUGCCACAAGUACGCCGACUGUUUCUACUCCGGUCUGGCGUCGGAGGUCUUGUACAAAUGCGUAUGCGCAGUUGGCUUUGCGGGUGAUGGCUUUCUCUGCGGAGAAGAUGCCGAUCUGGACGGAUGGCCCAACAACAGACUGACCUGCAAAAGGAACGGAACAUAUCAUUGUCAAAUGGACAACUGCCCCUCGGUGCCAAACUCUGGACAAGAGGACCUGGACAUGGACGGGCAAGGUGACGCUUGUGAUCCAGAUGACGACAAUGACGACAUUGUUGAUGAACAGGACAAUUGCCCCCUUGUGUACAACCCUCGACAGUUUGACACUGACCAGGACGGAAUCGGGGACCGCUGUGACAACUGUCCCUUUGAAAGCAACUCACUUCAGACGGACACUGAUGGCGACGGUGAAGGAGAUGCCUGCAGCAUUGACAUUGAUGGAGAUGAGGUUCCAAAUGAUCGAGACAACUGCGCUUUGGUCUACAAUACUGAGCAGAGAGACACAGAUCUGGACGGUGUAGGGGACCAGUGUGACAAUUGCCCCCUUUUACACAAUCCAUUGCAGUUAGACUCAGACAACGACUUGGUGGGGGACCUGUGCGACAACAACGAGGACAUAGACGAAGAUGGAGUCCAGAACUCUAUGGACAACUGCCCAUACGUCGCCAACAGCAACCAGAUCGACCACGACCGGGACGGCAAAGGUGACGCCUGCGACCAUGAUGACGAUAAUGACGGUGUACCAGACGACAGAGACAACUGCAGGCUGGUGGCCAACAAGGAUCAAUUGGACACUGAUGGUGACGGCAGCGGAGACGCCUGCUUCGACGACUUUGACAACGACAGCAUUCCCGAUGCCCAAGAUCCCUGUCCGCUCAACCGCGACAUCAAGUCGACGGACUUCCGCAAGUUUCAGGUGGUUCUGCUGGACCCUAAAGGCACCACUCAGUCAGACCCGCUGUGGGUGAUCCGCAGCCAAGGCACUGAGCUGCUGCAGACCACCAACUCAGACCCCGGCAUCGCUCUGGGGUAUGACAAGUUCAACGCAGUGGACUUCAGCGUGACUUUUUACGUGAACACAAACCGGGACGAUGACUACGCCGGCAUAGUCUUUGCCUACCAGUCCAGUCGACGCUUCUACGUUGUCAUGUGGAAACAGGUUUCUCAGGCCUACUGGGAAAAGAAGCCCUCCAAGGCUUUCGGCACCGCAGGGGUCUCCAUUAAACUGGUCAACUCCAGCACAGGACCAGGAGAAUAUCUGCGCAACGCCCUGUGGCACACCGGGAAUACCCGCAAUCAGGUCCGAACACUCUGGCACGAUCCCAACAAAAUAGGCUGGAAGGACUUCACGGCCUACCGCAUGCAUCUCAUCCACAGACCCAAAACGGGUUUCAUCAGGGUGGUCGUGUAUGAGGGCAGGGAAAUUCUGUCGGACUCGGGCGCGGUGUACGACCACACGCUGGCCGGCGGACGACUGGGAAUGUUCGUCUUCUCUCAGGAACACGUGCUUUUCUCUGACCUCAGAUACGAAUGCAGAGAUAACUAA